AUGCCAAUUCGAAAUCUCCCUGCUUUGAAAGCAGCUCUCGGGUCAGCCAAAGUAGGACCUUCAAUUUCAUAUACAAAUGCAAGAUGGCCAUAUCAAUCAAUACGACGUACAUUCUCCAUAACGCAUAGUCCUGCUUUUGCUUCCAAAGAAACGAAUGGCUCGCAGGUAGAACCUGCGAAUGAGAACUCCUCCGAUUCAACAUCUACCGAAACCCCCUCGAUACCCUCUCGUAAACCAUCCAGCCCUCCCUCUUCAUUUUUUUCAUCAAGUUCGGCGGGUGAUAUCCCAGCUCCAGCAGAUUGGGAAGAGAACCCCAAUUACAACAUCGAAAAGUUCUCAGAACUACCGCAUUCUAAUUUCGGCGUCAACCAGCACAUGGUGAUCAAUGAUGAGUUCAAAGAAGCUUUGAGGCAGAUCUUAUGGCAAUUUAGAGCCCCUAUUAGAUACGCAUUUGCGUAUGGAUCUGGCGUGUUCCCGCAGUCGAAACACACGCAAGCAACACCUUCGAGUAUUACAUCCAUUCAUUCGAAACCACCUCCUGCAAUUGUUGAACAACAAGGAGGUACUCCUAAGAUGAUUGAUUUUAUAUUUGGUGUAUCAUAUAGCCAACAUUGGCAUUCCCUCAACUUAAACCAACACCGAGAUCAUUAUUCGGCACUCGGCUCCCUUGGAUCUGGGGCUGUUACGGCUGUGCAGGAGAAAUGGGGAGCUGGCGUUUAUUUCAAUCCAUAUGUCACAGUGAACGGGACUCUCAUCAAAUAUGGAGUCGUUAAUCUGGACACAUUAUGCACCGAUCUUUCUGAGUGGACAACGCUGUACCUUGCGGGACGAUUACAAAAGCCUGUGAAAAUUCUAAGGGACGACGCAAGAGUUCGUCUAGCAAACCAGGUCAAUUUAAUCUCUGCUUUACGUACUGCACUUCUACUUCUACCCCCGGAUUUUACUGAACAAGAAUUAUACGGCACCAUCGCGAACAUUAGUUACCUAGGCGAUCCAAGAAUGGUCUUACCAACAGAGGACCCUUCAAAAGUAGCUAAUAUCGUUGGGCAUAAUCUCCCUCACUUUCGCCGUCUUUAUGCGCCCCUUAUUGAUACUCUUCCCAAUGUCAACUUUAAUGACUCUAAGUGCUCCGAUCCAGAAUGGGCAUCCGAUCCAUCAACAAAUAUUCGAUUGACUCAAGACAUGGACCCGACUCGAAGGGGAAAUAUGGUGAGACGAUUGCCAAAAGCGUUUCGCUCGAAGCUCUAUUUCCAAUAUCAGAAGAAAUAUCAAAUACCCCGACUGGAAUUCGAUCAAAUGAUGGAAGCCUCCCGGGAUGAAGAUGGGACUAAGAUUAAUAGGAGAGAAGGAGGUGGAUUCGAAAGAAGGAUUGCCCGGGAACCUUCAGAAGAUUUAAGAUCUGAAGUAAGGACUGUGAUCAAGAAAACGAUCGGAUGGCCUAGCACGAGUCAGAGCUUGAAAGGGCCUUUCACGGCUGGAUUAAGUCGAACUUGGCGGUACAUGAGUGAAAAAAUGGCAAAGCAUUCGGAAGGAAAAAGGAAAGCCGAGGAGGAAGCAAAGCAAAAGAAACAAGAUUGA